GAGCUCUCCUGGCUGUGUGAUCACAACAGCAGAGAUGGCAGCUGCGUUAACAUCACCCUUCCGAGCCUGCAGAGGGAUAUUAAAAGAGCUCCGUCUCAUCCAUGGAUCUCAGUACAAGAAGUCAUUGGCCUACAACUAUGUUACUGACCAGUUUCGUAAAAAUAAGGUGACAGGAGAACGGUACUGCCGUGCCCAGCAGGAGGCGCUCCAUGCCGCAGAUACUUACCUGUGUUUGCUGACUUCUACCAGAAACCACAUGGUCCUUCAUGACCUUUACCAUGGGAAGGGAGAACGCAGCCCAGACGAACUGGCCAACUUAAUGGGUCUCAGGCUGCCUACUCAGCCAGGAGGCAAAGGCUGGGAGGAGUGAGUGCCAGGACCUCGUGCUUCACCAGAGGGACAAACUGAAUUGUGUUUGGCAGACUGAUCUGGCUUCAGAGAGUACAAGUUGCUUUUUUUCUCAUUUACCAGUCCUGAGCUUCGUCUUGUGAUAUAAACUCCAGAAAUAGUUAAAGGGAAUGAAAUUUGACUGUAGUCUAGUUGAGGGG